CUAUGUGCGCUGUAGCGAUCGUAUGGACCUCUGCAAAGCUUGCAUCCUGGUAGCAUUCUGCGAUGGAAUUCCUCAACCAUCUGCGCCUAGAUAUCUAUCUCAGAAGGCCUCCGGUCUGCUGGCUAUGGAGCUCUUAUCCGCCGCAGAAGUGAGUGAGCUUUGAGAUGUUCUCCGUAGAGGCUAGCAACAGAGCACCGUCCAUGGAUGGCGGCCGGGCCCAGGACUGAGCGAAGAGGAAAUAGUAAGACCGUAUCUGAAAUACGAAACGGCUCAGGGCAGGAGAGUGCAGCUCUGGCUGCACUGCCCUGCCCUGAGCUCACCAGGAUCGAUGAGAUAAAACAGUCAGAGAAAGAUGAGGGAGCGUCAAUCCCCUCCAAAAGAUGAGCGGGCAUCUCCUUCCCGAGUAAGCACCUGUUCGGGCAAAGACGGAACUCAACCGCAAUGUACGCUGCUGCAAAAAGACGAGUAGAGAUGGCACGUGUAGAUGGCACUGCCAUCUACACGAGACAGAUGGCCAGCCCAGCCCAGCCCCCGCUCCUGCCGCAGAUCAUCGAUCGACAUCUGUUGCCUGCCUGCCUGCCUGCCCUCCCUCCCUCCAAGGCCUCGUGCUCACGCAGUUUGAGAUUCAUCUGCAGGGGAGAUGUAACGUUCCUGCGCGCAGGGCCAAUCAGAACGAGCAGGUACGCCCCAGCAGAAAAAUGGUUCCCAGCGCUUCUGCACUGUUUCCAUACGUGCAGCAGCAGCAGCAGCGGCAGCAGUUUGUAAUCUAGACACUCGAACCUACAUUCAGCACUUUUUGACGAGAUCAUGGAGACAUCGUUGGCGAUUUUACGUCAUCUAGAUCUAUCUAGACGAAGGAUAGACGUAUGGCUUUCCGGGUCUGAAAAAAUUCCGUUCCGCAUACAACGAGCUCGAACUGUGCCCGAGACGAAACGAAGACUCGCUUCGAUCCCGGCGAAGGGACGAGACGACGACGAAGAAGAAGAAGAGGAAACAUUAACCGAUCGACUAAGUAUUUAAUACUGAGCUCCAAAACCCGAGGCCUCUGUUUAUAGUCGAUGACAGCAUCAGAAAACCAGAUAUGGCGAAAGUCAGAAGAAUCAGAUGUCUAGCUCAUGACUGAUUUGUCUCCCGCUGGAGCUGCAAUCCACGCGCUCAGUUUAUGUUCAUUGUCGUUAGUCACCACACCCGGUCGACAGGGCUGGGGGCGGGCGGGCGGGCGGUGGUGGGUGGUGGGCGCAACAAGCAAAGCGAACGACUGUUAUGCCACCACUGAGCAGAUUUUCACUCGGAUCCAAGUAAAUCCCCAUCCCAUCAGUCGAUCGUCGCUGCCAAGCGACACUUCCAGAAAGAUGUCACUUUCAGUUCAUCCAGCGCUGUUUUAGCGUGCGUUCAUGACAUAAGCCCCAGACCCCGCAGACACAGCAGCCAUGACCAGCUUCAGCCCCGUACGUCGACGAAUAGCUUCGUGUUUCCAGAGCUCGGUAGAUACGGUCCAGCUCGGAGACCGACGUCAUUCUGCAGUGGCGGUGCGUGGAAGGAAGGAAGGAAGGAGGGAAGGAGGGAAGGAAGGAAGGAUGGAUGGACAUGGAGGAGAAUCGAGUACAGAUCUGCAGGUCGAGAGCUCGUAAGCUCGCUCGCUCGGUCGGAUUCUGAGCUGCUACCAUAACAUAAGACCAGGAGGGUACAGGGGUACAUCCUUCCUCCCUCGCUACACGGCCAUCAUACCAGACUGUCUGCUCUUUUGAUCACAGCCAAGUCGAGCUAAGGACGAUGCCAAAAAAACCCUAGGAUUUGCUAGCGAGUGCGCGUACAAUCCAUCGCAGUCCAGAUCACAUUGGCACGAUACUUUCCCUAUUUCCGACUUUUCCAUGCGAGGCUAUUGGCAGAGAGGCUGACUGCAUGGGUGUCGAGAGUACGCGAGAUCUCCAGAGUACCACGGCGGACACGCUGUGAGUGCAUAUGAGGUGCGAGCAGCAGCAGCAGCAGCAGCAGGGUACCGGCAGGUGCAGGCCGAGAUCCCGCUGGUUUUGGGCUCGGGCCGCUUUCGAUCAAUCACAGAUUCGCGGGACCCGUCAAUGAUAGGUGAGUGAGGUAGACGAUAGGAAGUGAAUUGCUCGACGUGAUUCUCAGCUGUCGUACUUCGGUGGAGGUGCUUUCUUUCUGUAUCUCGAAACCCCUUGCUUCGCCCUCGUUCAAUUUGCGAAGAGCUUUGAAGCAGAUGGCGGAGUGUGUUGGCAAGUCAGGUCGAAGUCUCAUCCACUAUGUCGAAAAUGAUUGCUCGGGUCUGUCAGGCGUACUUUCCAACCGAAUGACUGGACCUCUCCGGAAUGAGCGUCCUUGUGUCCGUCUGUCGAGAGUCUUCCUCUCCGCACUUUACGACGUUCUUGACUUACAAUGUUUCCAUCCAUUUAGUGUUCUACUCUACGGUAGGUUCGCAUUUUUUUCUCCGGCGCAAUGUCCUUGAGAUUGAUGGCGAACAAUCUUCCCGAUCCGAAUGGAUCCGAUCAUUGGGGUGUGGAAUAUCAAGGAACUAGGCGCAAUCAGAUUGCUCUCGACUUAGGAGAUGUCAAGAUGAGAGAUAAACCAGUAAAUUGAUUAAUUUGUGACCACAAGUCCUCCCAGAAGUAUGGACCACCACGAACUUCGAGAGUCACGUACAAUAUACUAAUCCGUGGACGAGCUCUCUGUACUAAGUGUUGCUUUGGAGUGUGUAUGGCCAUUUUAUCGAGAUCUAAAAUGGUCUUUCUGGUGGGAACUCUCUGAUGCGUAAGCUCUUUAUCUUCAAGGCUCUUCAUUGGCCAAGAACGAAUCCGCCAUCAGUGGACCUCAAGCGAAAUGGGUUUCUUCAUCAGGACCUUGCACGAUAACGUUAAACCGAAGUGGUAGCGUAAAAUUGAACUUACUCUUUUGCGUCUGUGGAAAGAGAGUGUGAACGAGGAGAGCUCACGGUUUUCGACAGCGGACUGUUGGGCACGAAGAAAGUUCGAACUUUUCCGUGUUGGAAUAAAUGUGCAGCGUAGACAGAUAGAUUUGCUUUCAAGCUAUCCUUGAACUCGAGCUGCAUGCGGAGGAGAGUUCUCCUAUGACCUUUGCAACUGAAAGUCCUCGACAGUGAUAGUUUCUCAGUAGAGAUUGUAAGUGUCUUGCGGUGGGAUUACUGGAGAGGUAGUUGGCAGCCGAGUCGGGUGAUCUGGCAGUGUUGCAGGUAGUCACCGACUACCAGGUUUCGGAGAUGACAGUGGCCUUGUAAAAUUACGAACUAGUUGAGAGGAUGACAGGUGACCUUGUCACAAGUCACAUGUCAUUCUCUUCGAGUCUGGAUUGCCACCAUCUGAAGUUGCUAUCCCCGAGACAAAUCAGCGCAAGUUACGGCUAGGAAUUCCAGAUAAUAUUGUAAUUCGGACUCUCUACACAGGUUUGCUUCUCGACACAUUGUCUCCAUGGACGAUUACCCUUAUUGCCUCUAUUACAAUUACGCGGAAGAGGUCACGUUCUGAACGAAACUAUCAGGACCGGGUGAGAAAAAUUGCCAUUGGCAUACGGAAGCUUUUGUUUCUACAUGUUUAUCGUCUGAAUCUCGGAAAUGGUUCCAACGCAAGAUAUCCAGUCCUUGAUACUGCUGCACAAUGUCGACGAGCCCUAUCAAAGACCUUGAGAGUUUUAUCGUUCUCAAACCCAGGACUAUCGUGUGUCAUGGUAUCACCGAUUUCGAGCUACUCAGAUAAAUGCUGCUGUGCUUCGAAUACUUGAAUCUCGUCACGAUGUGGAAGUCAUGGAUGUAGCAAUCAUCCUACUUCCAACACCUUACGCAAGCUCUGAGAGAUGUCUUCUACUUAGCUUUCCUUCCAGCGAACGCUCUUUCAAAUAGCUCAUUUGCAUCUUACAUGGAAAGGAGUCUUCUUUACAGGCAAAAUGAUGUCUUUACCUUGACUGUCAAUCUUGGAG